UUGGCGACUUGGUCAGACGUCACGCUGCAGACAAGUAACGUUAGUAGCUGCUCGAUUUCACCAGCGUGCUGAAGCAGAUACAUUUAACUUUAUAUUUACCUUAUUUUGGAUGCAGUGUUGCCGAGUUUCACCGGCACACACUGAUUUGAUUGGUGCGCGAAUUUGAAAAAAAAAAAACAUAUAUUCAAAUUGUUCAUAACGUUAAAUGGCAGAACUGGAGGGGCCAGCCAAAACACAUGGAGUCGGGGUCUUCUUAGAGCUGAGAAAAAGACUGCAGACCGGACUGCUUAUUGUGGGGAAGAACGUGGCCAGCAGUCCCGCAGAUGUGGUGGUGACGGGUGGGGAGUCAUCGCUCCACAUCAAGACUCCCAAAGGCGAGCUGAGCCUGACUCUGCCAGCAGGAGUCACCUUCGAGCAGGGAUCCUGCACGCCGACACCCGCGGGAGACUUCUGCGAGGAGGAGCUGCAUUUCCGACUGCGCAUCUGCGUCACACGAAGCCCGGACGAAGAGGCUUCUGACAGCGCGAUGGAGACACUCCGGGCCAAAGAGACUUAUUGCUUCCACUGCCAGGGCUGCAUGACCAGGCUGCUGGAGGACAGAGAGUUUAAGCGAGUCCUUCCUCUUCCCAACUGCAACUGGAACGCCAUCGUGGACGACUGGUGCUGCCACCCUGAUCCGUUCGCCAACAGGAAGCUUCUGCCCCGAGCAGAGGACUGUUUGCUGGGCGACACCUUCCUCCUGCUGGCCAAAGAUGGCGGCUGUGCAGAGACCCUCACCGAGGAGGUGAGCCUGAUCGGCUCCAAGGACGGUCCAGAUUCCAAGAAGCCCUGCCGCCGACUGGCACUCAUCUCCUGCAAGAGCUGUUCGUUGGUGCUGGGAGAGGCUGUUGCACCGGAGACACUGAAACUGUACAUCACACAGGUGGUGGUGGAGCCCGCUGUGGGAGACCGACAGCCCGAAGCCUCACUUAACAGGUCGCUCUUCCUGCAGCAGACUGUCGCAGCCCGGCUGUUGGGGCUGUCCACCUCGCUGAGCACCUUCCACUUCUCCAUCCAAACCCCCGACGGAAAAGCCUUCUUAUUGGUCUGGCUGCUGAACGGCGACUCGGUCACGGCGUCGGUGCCGGAGAGCUCCCUCGGCUGCCCGGAUCCCCACGAUCCGUCUCCCGGAGCCGCCCGAGCCCUGAAACUCCUCUACGCCUCCCCCUCCGACACAGGCGCCCAGCAGAGAGACAUUGUAACGAGCUGGGAGGCCAAUGCCAUCGGACAUCCCGUGGUGCUGCCGCUGAGUGUGUGUGAGGAGCUGCUGCAAGUGAUCGAUGACAGCAACUCCACGCUUCCUGCGUCCAUGUGCUGCAUGAGGUCCUAUGAGGUGGCGUAUCUGAGACUGUGAGGUCAAAAGGCCGAUGCCAGGAGGUUCGGACUCCACUCGUUCCUCUCAGAGAACACAUGCUGUACGCUUGUGUACGUUAAGGUCAUAUCCUGCACAGCUGUCUAGUAAGUAGGAGGUUGCUGCAGAAAUAAAACGCAGCAAGCCUGGAAUAGUUUUUUCUUUCUAUUUUUUUAAAUCCAAACUAGUUGUGUCGUCUAGUGGCCUCUCCACAUGUUUGCUAGUGUCGUCACCUGCAAACCAAUUCAUGUUGAAACAAGGCAGCGCGUCUAAAUGUUAAAAUGUAGUCACUAAAUGUAGAACCGGAUGAGAUUCACGGGACAGGCUCUUUUUUUUUUUUUUAUCCUAAUGUACCAUUAUAUUGGCAUGUACCAUAGUGGCUGAAGACCGCGUAUGUGUACAUUGUAUGUUUCCCCAUUUCUAAGCUUUAUUUUUGUCUUUUUCAUUCUCAACAAACAGAUUAAACUGUUGUAUUUUUUUAAAGAUUCCCUCCUUUCUGUUUUCUCUGCUGGAGAGCACUACUGGUUGAGAUGUGGGACGUUGUUCUUGAGUUGGCUCUCCAUGAAGGCUUAUUAUAGAGGCACUUCAGCCCCAGGGUACAGCAGUCCACCCUCCACUUGAGUGUAAUUGCAGCUUGUGUAGCAAGGUGAUUUUAGUCUCGUUGUGGCUUUAUUUGUGUGCCAAUGACUGAUGGUAUUUAUGUAACAUGCGUGGUAACGAGAAUCAUUGGGGAAAAGUGUCUAGUUAAACACUCUUCACCUCCUCAUGUUCAUCGCGAUGUGUGCUGGUCAAGUAGCUCUUACAUUAUGUCAAAGUGGGUUUUACACAUGAAUCUGGCGAUGGCAAAGACCAUCUCAUUUGCUCAGUCCAACACUGACCAAAGACUAUGUUUAAACUAUUGUCUCCCGACGAGCAUUUCUAUUCAGGCAUUCAUGGUUCCCAGAAGAUGAAUCGUAUUGACUUUGAUGAUCCACUGACUUUCCCGAUAGCGGCAUCGUGCAUUUGACUGUUUUCGUCUGUGAAAUGUAAACUGGCACCAAAACAUCAGAUGGAUUGAAUGAUCCAUUUUUCUACACACAUUCAUGGUCCUCAGGGGUUAAAUUCUACUUAUUUAGAUUAGGGCUGCCCAAAGUACUCCACGGUUUUAUUUGGCUUGUUAGCUGUUUCUAAGUAAGAAAAGAAAAAUUAAGCGACAGAAAAAGUGUCAUUUCGAUUUUGAGUCUCCUUAAUAACGUAGGUUAUUUAUAACAUUGAAAUAUUUGCCCUCUCUGAAUAAAGUCUGGGCUCCCCUGAUUUUAGAUGAUCCCCUGACUUUAUCUUAUUAAAGCAGGGAAAUUUCUCAACAUAGUAACAAUUAUGUAUUUUUGUAUUAAAUUGUGUUGAGUUAGUCUUUAAAUGUAAAUCAUGUGUUUUUAUUUAGGUACACGUUUCUUGACUUAUUUAAUGAUAUGUGACAUUUGAAAGCUUUGACUUUUCCUGCGAAUCAAGGUGAGGCCAUUUGGACUUUGUUAAUAAGCCAUGCUUUGUGCCGAGCCAGGUCAGGUUCAGUUAAGCAAAGAAACCAGGAUCUGAAACGGCUCCUGAUCACUACUGGGGCUUACGAUGCCGUCCCCUCUACUCUGCACAUAGUCUGCAUCAGUUAUCGCUGACCAGCAAUGCAGCAUCAUUUGUACUUGCAUGUCUAUUUUAGUUGCGGCGAGGGCACCAUUUUUUCCCCGCUCCUAAAUACAUGCCUGAAUCUGCUAGAUUCUCAUGCGGCAAAAAGGACAAUUACGUUAAGGAAUCCAAAGAAGUAUUGUGGCCACUAAGGUGGAAAGGCAUUGAGUGAAUUGGCUAAUUAAAUACAUCCAGCGCUGAACCGUCAAGGGGUUCUCAUUUUCUUCCUGCCCUUUCUCCACAAGUGCAAAUGAAGUAGGCCCCAAAUAACCUAUUUGUUUCAAGCCCGCUGAGCAGAAGGAGCUACUCCACAUUACGUGCCGCUGCCGCUGUUUUGAACACACCGAAAGACGCAGUCACCCAGGAGCCAUAAAGAGUUUCAGACAGUCUUUGUCUUUCUACCCUUGAAGGACGAUGGAAGUGUCAAAUUAAAAGUUUUUUGGCCAGUAUCUUCUGUUGACACUGUGCAGCUCAUUAGCUUUUUCAGUUAUCAUGAAAAGAUCAGUCUGAAUAAAGGUCUACUCCAUAUUCAGCCUUAGUAAUUACUUGUUCAUGGCUUGAGGACAGUUUUUGCUCGCUCUCCUUAUUCAUGUGCACAGUAGGUUUGAGGGUAAAAGGGAAAGAAUAUCCAACUAUAGUCACAGAUUUGAGCUGUUGCUUCAAAUUCCUGCUGAGGACUUUAAGUUUAAGUCUUUGGACAGACCUCUUUGUUGUCUGUACGUAUGCUUGUAACAUUGAUCUUGGUGUACUUCAUGUUUGGCCACCCCUGUCUAACGUACAAAUUAGCAUUGGUGACCAGUCCUUAUUUUUGAUGAAAUCCCAUUGUAGGGUAUUAUCAAAAUAUUUGGCUAUAAAUGGCUAUAAAUGCAUCUGCAGCUGAGGGCAUGUAUUUUGUGUCUAACUGAAGAAAUCUUUGACUUUCUCAUUGCACUAGAUUAAAAGGUUUUAAUUUACCGAGGUUGAGCCAAUUCAUUCUAAGGGGCACAUACAUGGGUAUACCUGAUAUGCAUGAGGAAUAUCUGCACCAAGUUCCAUGGCAAUCCAUCUAAUACUUUACAUACUUUUCACAAAAAUUUGCUUCUUAUUGGUGGAGGAAAAGUUGGGAUCGCCAAAGUCCGUGGGGUUCAUCUGUAGGGAAUGUCUGCAAUAUUCAUACCUUCAAAUUUGUCCCUUUUUUGGCGAAAUGUGCCUUUUUAAAAUUAAAAAUAUUUCCUCCAACUCAAUCUUGUAGAUCCAGAGUUUUAUUUUUUUUAUAUCACCUGAACCUAAUACUGCAUAUGCAAUUGAGUCGUAUUUUACUUGGCAAAGCCGAAUUAAAGUGAGAGAAAUAUGGAGGAAUAACCUCUCAGCACCUGGAUUGGUACUGAAGAGUGUAACUCGUCACCCAGAACUCCGCUUCCCCCAUGACUCCGCCUCCCAUUGGAGAAAAAUGUCUGUUAAUACCAUAUGUGACAUCCCACAUAUGGAGUGAUCAAGUCUACGAGCGCCACAGUAUGAAUUUCAAAUUGGAUUUUCCGGUCCUUUGCCUUUGCUAAUGUGUUUGAUAUUAUUUUCGGAUUAUGUGAGACAGCGAUGUGUGAGAUUACACCGUGGCCCCUGUACAAAGAAAGAAAGAUCCUUUUGGGGAAGGUCAAGCCAUAAAGCUCGUCUCGUCUCCAAGAGGAAAUGAGGCAUCAGAUUGAGUUCCUGUUUUAGUCACCCAAUCCUAAUGGUUCAUCUAUCCUCAGAAUCUGCAAAACAGAGAUACUAGUCUUUUUUUCUCCUUUUCUGAGUCACUAUUAGGGUGAAAUGUCAAGACAAAAGCAUAAAAGGUUUUGCUUUUGCGCUUCAAUAGCUAAAUAUCGCCAAAGAAGACUUGGGAUUUACUUGGGUUGAACCCGUCUCUCUCUGUGUUGGCUGGGAUUGACUCCUGGCCCCCCGCGACCCUCUAAGUUUAAAUUCUACAAGGUCCAACGAGAGGAUUCUGUCAUGCAAAGAUACAAAAUAUCAGAACAAUGUGUAACUUGUUCCACAUAUUGAAGAAGCAGAUGUUUUAAUGUAUAUUGUCAACAACUGUGUGUCAAAUCAAAUAAAAAAAAGUUAAAUUGA